UGCACCUCCCAAUCACCGCACCUGCGCGGGCACCCGCACAGCUCGUGCUGGAGCAGCAGGAUCAUGACACUCGAUGAGCUUGCAAAAUCUCUCGAUGGAUACUUCCCUGCACGAAACUUAUAUCCAACGUUUGAUGUUAAGACAGCAGAAGUCAGUGAUGAAUACCUUGAUGAAAUCAUUGAAAUUCAGCAGAGCCGGUCAACAGUAACUCUUCAGAACUACAUUGCUCUCAACGUUUGUGUCAACAAAUGGAAAAGUAUCCAGUUAUAGCCAAGAAAGCCCUGGAGAUAUGAUACCAUUUGUUACAACAUAUCUUUGCAAGCAAUCUUUUUUGAGAAUGGUGGACAUAAAAACAGAAAAAACAAACAGACUUUGCUGUGAAAGUGACAUUAGAGUAGCAUUUGCCAAUGUGAAGCCAUGCAUAUAUGAAUUGGUCUCUCAAAGGCAACAGCAGAAGUCACACAUAUUUUCAGCGGCAUCCAGCUUCAGCUUUUGCCGAGCCUCCCUGGAGCACACGCUGUCGGCCGAAGAGCUGAACUACCAGCUGCCGAGUCGCUCCGGAGGAAGCAACCUGACCUGGCAUGACAGCCGUAGCCAGAGAACAGCAGCACACGCGCGCACCGUCAAACUGCUGCAACAGCCCGGAACUGAGGGCAUCCAGCUGCAUCCAGGUGAAGCCUUCACCGUAUAUCACACUAGCCCGACGUUGUCCAGUCUGUCCAAACCUGUGGUGCUGUGGACUCAGCAGGAUGUCUGCAAGUGGCUUAAGAAACACUGUCCUCACAACUACUUGACUUACGUAGAAGCCUUCUCUCAUCAUGCCAUCACAGGACGGGCAUUGCUGCGUUUGAACGGGGAGAAGCUCCAGAGGAUGGGAAUCGUGCAGGACACCCUAAGACAGGAAGUCCUCCAGCAAGUAUUGCAGCUUCAGGUUCGAGAAGAGGUCCGCAACCUUCAGCUCCUCAGUCGAACCUCCUUUGGAAACUUCUCUUAGUUUCAUCAUGUGGUCCUUUUGGCAUGAAAACUGCAGGAGCCACAGAGGGGCUUCUGUCCUCAGAUUUGUGAGUGGAGAAUCAAGCCUAGGACAAGCCUGUUGACUACAUGCCAACCAGUCUGAUGGAUUAUCAUCCAAUGCUGGUUUGCCAGACCUCGAGACGAGAGACAAAGCCCCGCUCAGGCCUUGGGUACCAACUAUAACAUAACGAUAACAAGCUGAUGAUGUAGGUAUGAAACUGGUCUAGGUCUGCUUAGAAAGUCCAUCCCAGCUAGUCCGUAUCAUUUGAAUUGACUGGAAAUCAAAAGUGCAUUCUUUUUUUAAACAAAACAUUUUGCUCCCACUUUUUCAUCGUAUUAAUUAUGUAGCUAAAGUUGUGUUUUGUGACUACUCAUUGCACUUUUUUACAUGAAUUUUAAUGUUUGAAGCCAGGCACCUUGAGAACCUGGUUUAAAUUAUGUGUAUAUAAAUGAGACCAUUCCCCAUGCACAAACUACUGCAGAUUUUCCUCUCAGGAUUUGAGAUCACAGCUGGAUGACUGGUAGCAGAUACUGUAUUACCAUCUGACAUUUUAUAUUGUGACUGAAUUACAGUAGUUAAUAUAUAGUUAGGCACGAUAUCAAGUACAUUUGAGGAUUGUAAAAUAAUGUGCUAUAAAAGAGUGUAUUCUGACAGAAUCUUAGUGUUGUUUCCAUGGGACAAAUUCCAAGGACAUGCACGUAUAAUGUGAUGAUCUGGUUGUCUACGCUUGAUAAAGCUUAAUUGAAAUGUAAUUACACAAUGAGGACAAGCUGUUAGGGAUAAGUAAGACAAAUUGAAGUGCGCUAUUUUGUUGGGAAGAAGGCCCAUUUAUGCUUUGCCUAUUACAUAGGCAGCAUUUAACUGUUUUGUGAAUUGUUUGUGUUCAUUUCUGUAAGUUAUCUCCCUGGCAAACACAAAACAAAUGGAGAAAAACAUCCACUUGUAUUCUAGACACCUCUAUUCCCAUGUGACACUUUUGAAAGCUUCAAAAUUGUGUAGUAAUGUGACAGCUACACAGAUAAAAGCUAACUCGAGUGAGCCCAUUUGACGUGAGUAUUAGAAAGAAGCGGACGUUGAUGAUGAGCAAGAUACAUUUGCAUACAUCAAGAGACAAACUUCCAACAAAUAACACUUCAGAUGACUUUGCUCCAUCUGGCCUUUCACAGCCAGAUGCACCCAACUGCAAGUGACUGACUGUUAAAAGGAAAAUCAACUUACUGUAUUAUUUUUGAAGUACUUACACGGUAUUUGUAUGCUCUAUGUACUGAAAUGCUGUAAAGCAGUGGUUCACAAACAUUUUUUGACGGCCCCGCCCUCCACACAGUUUUUCAAUAAAUGUGCAUACACGUAGCUUGCAAACAUAAUUUCUUGGGAAUGAACAAAAACAUGAACAACAAACAUAACUCCAGUUGAAAAAUUACAAUUGCAAAUUUACCAAGACACCCAGAUUAAACAAAAACCUAAACAUUUUUUUCAGCUAUUAUUUAAUGUCUUGAAUUCCUGCAGUAAUUUCAGUGGCCGGUGUGGAAUUGUGUGUAAAGUAAAACUAAGUCAAAUUAGCUCCAUUUCCUGAAUGUAACUUAAUAAUGAAGUGUUCAUAACAGAAUCGGGCCUCUCCUAUCAUAAUGCCGGCCCCACAUUAGGGGGCAUGCCCCCCAGUUUGAAAACCACUGCUGGAGGGAAGGUGAAAAGUUAGGUUUUUUUUUUCAUAUAAUAAACUA